AUGUCUAAGAAGAAUAUUAAGAAUCAAACUCCUAUUGUGGAAGUUAGUGUUAAUAAUAUAAAAAAUGGUAGGUUUCAAGAAUUAAAGGAAGAUAUAAAGAUUCCUUUAUUUAAUAUGAAACCUUAUAUGAAGACUCCUAAAGUUUUAUUGCAUACAUUUUGUCAAAAAGAUAAGCGUCAAAAGCCAAUCUAUCAGAGUCAAUCUUGUAAAGGUGGGAAUUUUAGGUAUGCUGUUAUAUUAAAAGAUCCAAAGAAUAAAGAUGAGAAAUCUUUAAGAUUUGAGACAGUUGAGAGUUUUCAAAAUAAUGAAUUGGCUCAACAUUAUGCAGCAUUAUUAGCACUUUGGCAUUUUGAAAGUGCUCGACCAUAUCAUAAACUUCUUCCUUAUCCACUUGAUGAGGUAUGGAAAUCUUUGAAUACUAAUAAACCUCUUGUUACCCGACAGAAUAAAUUUUUAUCAGAAAAAGAAAAGAUACAAGAUGAAGAAUUAAGAACAAGAACUCAAUCAGAAAAUAGAAAUAAGUUACUAAUAAUGGAACAAAAGCAAAAAUUUGAGAUACCAACUAUGUAUAUGAGUAGUAAUAUUCGUAAUAGAAUAAUAAAUAUAUUAAGUAAAUAUAUUCCAAUUGUAGCAGAGAAAUCAAAAUAUAAAACUUGGCUCUUUGGUGAAUAUAAACAGUUUAUUGGUAUACCUGACAAUUUUAUGUUACCUUAUUUGGUUUCACUUAAAAUAAGUGAGAUGUCAGAUUAUUUAAGAUUAAAAUAUAGUAAGUAUAUUCCAAAGUAUGUAGAUGAAAAUAAAAAAGUAAUAAUUAUAUCUGUUUUACUAUGGCAUAAUAUUAAUAAAGAUGAUAAAGAGAAUAUAAUAAAACAGGUACAGUUAUGUGGAUUUGACAAAUAUAGAGUUGAAACUGCUUUAGAAAUGAUAUUUAUGGAAAUAGAAAAGAAAUAUAGAGAAUUUAAAGAUAUAAGUUAUUUAAAGGGUGGUAUUUAUACAAAAUUCAAUGCUUCAUGUGAUAUGCAUAUAAUUCUGGAUAUAAAAAAGGAUUAUUAUCCUACAUUAUAUAUAUCAUGGUUAUGUGAAAUGUGGUUAAGUUUACAUAUUUGUGAUGAUGAUUUACCUCCACUAUUUACAUCUAAGAAAUCUCAGAUAGAAAUAAAAGGAUAUAAAGAUACUUCAAAAAAAGGUAAUAUUGAUAUUUGUUGUACAUUAAGUAAACAACUUAAAAUACUAAUUUCUAAGGCACAUUCUGAUCCUGAAAAAAUACUGAGUUUUACAAAAAAUGAAUCUUCUAAUGAAUAUAUUGAAGAUAUUAACAAUAAAUUAUCCACUAAAUCCUUUUCAGAGGCUAGUAAAAAAGAAUUUAAAGCAAAAAGAUAUAAUUAUUUAUCUGCUUCAAUAUAUACUGAUAAAAUUAUUGAAGAAAUGAUGAAUAAUCAAGUAAUUAUUUUACAUGGAGAGACAGGUUGUGGGAAAACAACUCAAGUACCAAUUUUAUUAUAUGAAGGUUUGACUCAAUAUACAAAUAAUGGAUUAAUAUACUGUAGUGAGCCACGUCGUAUGGCUGCCACUUCAAUUAGUAUAUAUCUUAAUUCUGAACUGUCUAUGUACUAUUGUGAUAAGAUAGUGGGAUAUAAAGUUCGCUUUAAAUCUAAUAUUACUGAUAAAACGCGUAUAAUAUACUGCACUCAUGGUAUAUUAAUAAAUAUUGUAAAAUCUGAGCUAUUAAGAAUAAAUUCCAAUCAUGAAGAAAAUGACAAGCACAUGAAUAUUCCUUUAAAUUCUAUUUUAAUAUUAGAUGAGGUUCAUGAGAGGUCAUUAGAUAUAGAUUUAUUACUUUUUUUUGUAAAACAACUAGUUAUAAAGAGAUCAGAUAUACGUAUUGUAAUAAUGAGUGCAUCUAUUGUCCUAGAUGAAUUUGUACGCUAUUUUAAAAUAAGUACAAUAUUAAAUGAAAAAAAUUGUUUAUACCCAGUUAAAGUAGGGAAAAUUAAACUUCCAGGUAGGACACCCUUUCCUAUUGAUAUAAGCUAUAUCCCUAUAAAUGAAUCUGAAUUAACUAGUGAUUCAUCAAGUAAUAAUCAAGAACCAUUAAAAUAUUCUAAUGGUGUUAAUAUAUUUAAGAAAUCAUUGGAUUUAGAUACUGUUGCAUCUAAGAUCAUUUCUAUUAUAAGUAAUUUAAAUAAUAAUGCUGGUUCUAUUCUUGUAUUUGUAGGAGGCAUAAAUGAUGUUAAUAAAUUAGUCGAAUUAUUAAAGAAUAAUGAAAAUAAUAAGGAAUUUUCAAUGCCACUUUAUAUAUUACCAUGUCAUUCUAACUUGAGUUAUGUAGAACAAAGUAAAAUAUUUACUACUAUUAAGAAUAAACGUAAAGUUAUUAUAUCUACAAAUAUUGCGGAAGUUUCAUUAACUAUUGAGGACAUUAGAUAUGUUAUUGAUACAGGACGUGUAAGAAUACCAGUAUAUGACUCUAGCAAGCACUUAACAAUUUUGCAAGAAGUUUUCAUUUCCCAAUCAGAAGCUCAACAAAGAAUGGGACGUGCAGGAAGAACAGCUCCUGGGAGAUGUUUUCGUUUAUAUUCUGAAUGCGAAUUAUUAAAGCAACAAGUUAUAACUCCACCUGCAGUAUUACGUCUUCCUUUACAUCAUAUAAUUCUUGAUAUAAUUAAUUAUAUAUAUUCAAGCUUUAAUAACCUUAAUAAUAAUCCCAAUAUAGAAUCUAUAAUUUUUUUUGAUCUAAUUUACUAUAUUAGUGAUUUUUUGACCCCUAUUAAAUUGUCCUCAAUUGAAACAUCACUCAACGAGCUUCUUAGAGUAGGAGCACUUGAUAAUAUGAUGAAUAUUACUCCUUUAGGAAAAAUAUUGAGUAGAUGGCAGGUGGAUUUACAUAUUGGAAUUUUAUUUGUAUAUGGUUUAAUAUUUGAUUGUAUUCAACCAAUACUGACUAUUGCUGCAUUUUUAACAUGUGAUAUUCCAUGGAAACUAAAAUCUGAAGACUUUUCUACUUGCCAAACUGGAUGUGAUUAUAUGAUGUUUAUUAAAUUAUUUGAUUAUUAUAUAAAAAAUUGUUCAAUGCUUAAAAAGUCUACUAAAUUAUCUACGUCUUUAGAACAUGAUUUACCAUUUAAUAUAAAAACACUGGAUUUGAUGAAAAUGGAUAUGAUAUGUGAAACUAGAGACCACUUCUGUCAUAUUUUAGGUAUUGAUAGAAAUCAAAGUGUUAUGCCAAUAGAUGAAAUAUUAUCUAUGUGGAGUUUAAUUAGAGGUUGUAUAGCUGUUUCUUUAUAUCCAAACAUUGCAAGUAUCAAACUUCCCAAUACAAUUAAAUAUGUAUCGACAGGUAAUGGGAAGUUUGCAGAACAAAUCCUAUUUAACAAAUUACAUAUUUUUAAGAGUAAAGCAAAAUGUGUUCAAGAUUACAUAGAUCAUUUUGAAGCUAACUUUAAGGAUAUUAAUUUAGAUAACUCUAUUCCUGAAAGAUACUUUAACAAAGCAGACCAAAUCCAUAUUCCGAAAUAUAGUGCUUUAUACAACAGAGUGGUGGAUAUUGGAACAGUACAUUGUAUUACUUAUAUGAGCCUACACAAAUCUUAUUUAAGUGAUCAAACUAUUAUUAAGUUUCCAGUUCCAGUUUCCAUGUACUUUCUUUUACUUUUGGCACCCUCUUCUUUAGAAAUAAUACCUAUAUCACUAUUAGAAAAGAUGAGUUCUUGUAAAUUUGAUUCAGAAAGCAUAAAUAACAAAGAUAGUACUACAUACUAUGGAAAUUUGUCAAGUGAUAAAGUAAUGAAAAUGUCCACAAACUAUAUUCUGGUUGAUGGAUCAAUAUUGAUAAAAUGUUCUGGACAAAUACAAAGCCUUAUUUGGUACCUCAGAUAUUUGUUACAAGAAAUUGUUCAGUAUAUUUGUCACAUUUUAAUUUCAAAGAAAGUUACAGAUAUGGAAAUUAGUUGUUUCUCAAACAAAAAUAUAUCUAAGAAUUCUAAUAUAAAGCAUUUUACUAUUGAAGAUAUAGAGGAAUUAAUUAGUAUAGUUAAGCUCACUUAG